AUGGCGACGCGUAAAUCAGGCAUUCCUGUGAAAUCAUCCAUUUCAACAAAGACUGAGGCAACGAAAAUUGCAGACAAUGCUAAAGUAAGCCUUAGCGAUAGGAUAAAACAUCUAGAAAGUGAAGUUGAGGAGAAGAGCAGAACAAUUAAAGAACUGAAUGAAAAACUGACGAAAAUUUCAAGUGAAUGCGAGGUCUUGCGCGAAGAAAAUGAGAAAACGGAGCAAAAUCUUGGUUUACCUACAAAUGCCGAGAUUUCAGAGAUGAAAGAACUCCAAGAAUCGCUCCAUGAAAAGGAAAUGUUUAUUGAAAACAUGCUAGUCAAGACAAAUGAAGUUGAAAAACAAUUAGAAAACGAAAAAUUGGUAAAAGGCGAACAUGAAGCCGAUCGACUUUCACUUCAGAAAGAAAGAGAGAAUUUGCAAAUGAUGCUAGAAAAUGAAAAAACGAUAACCAGUGAGCUUCGAGACAAAAUAAAGCAAUAUCAACAACAAAUUACGAGUACAAAGUCACAACAUGAAAACGAAAUCUCUACUUUGAAGCAAAAAUUGGAAAGUGAUAAAGUUCAACUAGAAAAUUUAGAGAAACAACGAGAAGAAAGUGAAAAGAUUUCUGAAGACAAAUUAAGCACAUUAAAUUACCAAAUUCAAGAGAAGAAUGUCUUGAUCAGUGAUUUACAACAUCGGCUGAAUCAUCGUGAGGAAAUCACAACAAAGCAAUAUAGUGAUGAAGAUGUGAUGUUAAAACUAAAUGAUUUAAGACAGCAAUUGACAACUGAGCACGAAAAAAGUUUGGAAUCAGCCAAUUCAUUGUGGAGGCAAAAAUUGGAGGAACAUGAAAAGAGAGAAACGGACAAGACUAUGAAAUAUAACGAUGAAAGCAAUGGUGAAUUGUUAAAUAAGAUUUCAGAAUUGAAACAACGACUAAAGGAUGCAGAUGAAGCACAAGAAGAACAAAGCACAAUCUUAGAAACACAGGAGGAAGAGAUAGACGAAUUACGUGAAAGUAACAGAGCAUUUGAGGAAAAAUAUACAAGUCUUUAUGAAAAGAUGGAGGAAAAGUGGACAUUAAACGAGAGUGAAAUUGUACGACAGAUAAAGAAUCAUUAUUAUUUUGAAAUAGAACGUCUUCACGCUCAACUGGAAAAUAUUGAAAAAGAGAAUACCAAUUUGAAAACAGAGCUGGACAUAAUGAAUAACGAUGGAGGUAAAGCACUCUCCCCAAGACGACGUACUUCAGUUUCUGCAAGGAUUGAGAUGAAAGAAGAAAUCGAGGACUACAAAGUUACGUUGGCAGCUUUAGAACGUGAUCUACAGCAUGCUUUGAACGAAAACGAACGUUUGAAACUUGAGAAUAAUAUUGCUAAAAACGACAGUUGUGAUGAUCUAAAAUUACAAGAGCGAAUUGAUGAACAUCAACUGAACAAUGACAAAUAUAAUGGUGAAAGUAAAAAGUUGAAAAGUCAACUUGAUGAGAGCAUAAAAUAUUGUAAAAAGCUCGAGAAAGAUAUCAAACGACAAGAAGAACGUAUUGUCAUCGUAGAGAAAAAUAAAGAUGCUAAGAUUGAUGAAAUAACUAAAGCAAACGAAAAAAAAGUCUCCGAAUUGAUGAAGAUCAUAGAUGAUAAAAAUGUUAAGAGUAAAGAGAGCAGCGAAGAAUGUGAACGAAUCAAUGAAGAAUUAAGACAACGGGAACAAGAAAUAAAAGUCAUUGAGGAUGAUUUUCAGAAAAAAGAACAUGCUUUGUUAAAAAAAUGUGAAGACGCAGAAGAACAGAAGCUGAAGCUUAAAGACGAGUUGAAGAAAGUAAAGUCAACACAUGAUGAACAUAUGGAUGAAGUAAACAAACUUACAGAACAAGAACGACGUUCUUUAGAAGAGAAAGUCGCCGAACUGGAAAAUAAGAUAUCACAAGGAAAAGUCGCAAGUGAAGCGUUGCAAAUGAAAUAUGAGAAAUUGAAAUUAGAAAAUGAUUCCAAAACAUCUCAAAUUGAUGAAUUUACUAAAAUCAUCGACAACAUGAAAGUCAAUGACGACGAAGCACAUUUUAAGGAGUUCAAGGAUAAAUAUGAAGAAAUGUCAGAGGAGAAUAAAAAGAAGGAUGGAAAGAUUUUUGAGUUGGAACAAUCCUACACGAAAAAAGAUGAUGAUUCAAACAGCUUGCGCAAGAUUUUAGCGAACUUCAUAAAGAACUACGAAGAAAUGAAACAUAAAUACCAACGCGCUCUUGAUGAGAAUGACGAAAAAAUAUCUACAAUCGAAUCUCUUGAAUCAGACAACGUUCUGUUAAGAAAAAAAAUCACGGCCUUUGAAAAGAAAGUGACGACGACCGAAAGAGAAAAGAAAAACUUGGAGGAAAAAACACGCUCGCUUGAUAGCGUUAUUGAAGAGCAGGAAAAGAAGAUGAGAAGUUUGAAGGAUAAGUUAGAAUCAGCUUUCUAUCCGUUGAGGAAAUUACGAGUGAAAAAACUGAGCUGGCAGCCAAGUAUUCCAAACUUAUUCAGGAACACAAGGAGCUACAAGAUACAUUACAGGAUAACAAGAAACGCCAUGAGAAUAAAGUGGAACAAGAAAACUCAGAAAAUAAAAGAAAAAUGGAAACAUUUCAAAAAACUUAACGAAAAGGAUAGAGUUUUGAAUGAAACGAAGAAAAAAAGCAGGCAACUUAAAGAAAACGAAAAAACCUUGAAGGAUGAACUUACAGAAAGCAAAAAACAUUGUAGUAAACUUGAGAUGAAGAUUGAGGAAAUUGAAAAUGUUUUGAACCGUGUUUCACAAGAGAAGGAAGAAUUGAAAAAAGAACUUGAUCGUGUUAAAGAUAGAAAUGAGACCGAAUGUUCUGAACUUAAAGAAUUAAAUCUUGUUGACGCCGAAAAAAUCGAGUUAUUAAAACAACAGCUUCUUGAAAUGAAAAGAAAUAUGGAAAAAAGUCAACUAUGA